AUGGUGGUGGACUACAGCCGCCUGGCCCUUCAAAGUACUCUCCUUUCCAAGCGAAAGCUCAAUUGGUUUGUUGCUGAAGGCCUUGUCUCGGGCUGGGACGAUCCCCGUAUGCCCACCGUGCGAGGAAUCCUUCGACACGGUCUGACCCCCGAGGGUCUGCGUCAGUUUGUCCUUGCACAGGGCUCCAGCCGCUCCACCGCUGUCAUGGAGUGGGACAAAAUCUGGGCCUUCAACAAGAAGGUGCUUGAACCAAUCACUCCGCGGUACACGGGUCUGUACUUGGAUGUCGCCUCAGCGCCCGCAGGCAACGCAAAGGCACCCCAGGGCCUGGUCGCUGUGAAUGUAACUGGUCAAACCCGGGCGGAGACUAAAUCGGUACGUUAA